GGAGCCGGCCCGGCGCCGCCGCAGCAGCGGGAGCGGAGUGCCCCGGCCGUGCCAUGGCAUUGUGGUGACCGCCCGGCCCCGCCACCCGCCAGCCCCGAGGCCAUGGCCCCCAUGGGCAUCCGCCUCUCGCCGCUCGGCAUGGCCGUGUUCUGCCUGCUGGGGCUGGGCGUCCUCUACCACCUCUACUCCGGCUUCCUGGCCGGCCGCUUCGCUUUCUUCAUGCUGAGCGAGCCGGCGGCCGGCGGGCCCGAGACGCCUCACGGCUCUGCGCCCGGCGGCGCCGUUGACCUGCGGGAGCUGCUGGCCGUGUCCGUGCUGGCCGCCGUCAGGGGCGGCGAGGAGGUGAAGCGGGUCCGCGAGGGGAACGUCCUCAACGCCAAGGCCAAGGGCAAGACGCGGGAGGGGGCCGAGGAGCAGCUGACCACCGGCGACCUCCUCUCCAACCGCAGGAUGUUCUACCUGCUGAAAGGCGCCUUCCCCGCCAUACAGAUAAAUUCUGAGGAGCGUGUUGAUACAGCUGAUCAGGAGACAGUCUCCUGGGAUCACAGUAUUCCUGAAGACAUAAAGCAAAAAAUACAGCCUAAAGAGGUGCCAGCAGAAAGUGUCACUGUCUGGAUUGAUCCUUUAGAUGCUACACAAGAAUAUACAGAGGAUCUUCGGCAGUAUGUCACGACUAUGGUUUGUGUGGCUGUAAAUGGCAAACCAGUAAUAGGUGUGAUACACAAGCCCUUCUCAUCAUACACAGCUUGGGCAAUGGUGGAUGGUGGGUCAAAUGUAAAAGCUCGUUCCUCCUACAAUGAGAAGACUCCAAGGAUUAUUGUGUCCCGUUCCCAUGCAGGAAAAGUUGAGCAGGUUGCACGGCAGACAUUUGGAAAUAAAACUGUGAUAAUCCCCGCUGGUGGAGCAGGUUAUAAAGUGUUGGCCCUCCUUGACGUGCCCGAAAAGAAUCAAGAAGAAGCUGAUGUGUAUAUCCAUGUCACCUACAUUAAGAAGUGGGACAUAUGUGCUGGAAAUGCAGUGUUGAGAGCAUUGGGUGGCCAUAUGACUACCCUGACUGGUGAAGAAAUUAGUUACACUGGCUCAGAUGGGAAUGAAGGAGGACUUAUAGCCAGUAUCAACAUGAACCAUAAAGCACUAAUAGAAAAACUUCCAGAUCUGGAAAAAACAUCACACAAAUAAGCAUGACUGAUGGAGAAGUACAAGUUGUGCUUUUGUAGCCUCCAGAUGCUCUGUCUGAAGAAGCAGGUGUGAAAACCUGCUGGAAAAGAUGCACAGCAAAGCAAAGCAGUUUGGUGUGGGUUUGGGGACUAUAUCUUGCAUUGGGUUUUGUCAGUGGUGGUAUUAAAGAAUAAAAUAAUAAUAAUAUUUGGAAGUAGGAAAGGGACCGAUGGUCUCACACAUCAGUUUCCAUGUUUUAUUUUUUUCAGACUGUUUUCAUGCAGUUCUUAUACUCAAGGUGCAUUUACCACAUAUAUAUUGGUGAGCAUAGGUGAACUAAAGAAAAAUCCAACUUUUUUUUUGUGAAAUAACCUAAGUAUUUCUCACAGGAAUUUCUUGAAACCUUUUACAUCAUACUGUAGUUUUAGUGAUUCCAUAAUAAAUUAGGUAGGAAGAAAAGUUUGAUUUGUAUAGGCAUCUGAUGACUGUAAAUGGUUUAUCAGGAAUCAUGACUUCGUAUUUUGUAUCCCCUGAACAGAAAGCACAAAAGGUUGAUUCAAAUCUAUAUGCAGCAACAGUUUAUCCUUCACAGUGUGGCACUCUCUGCUUUUUAAGAGAAAAAAAGAAAUGUUCUGUACUAUUUUGACUUCUUUCCUGAAGAUGUAAACCAGUUUUAGUUCAGGUGGGUUGUGAAUAUCAGUGUUUUAUUAAUCAGUGUAAUUAUUUCCUUACACCUUUUUAAAAGAAAGCAGUGUUUCCUUGUAUAGUUUUUAGCAGUUACUUCUUGUCCUUGAUUUCUGCAAACAGUGUUGAAGAUGCAUGCUAAAUUUUUCUCUAAUGUAGGGCUUGUUCAUCAUGUGGUGUUUGUGCCUAUAGAAGCAGCCUCUUCCUUCACUACCUGUUACUUUAUUUGCUUGGGUUUUCUUUCCAUUGGACAGAGUCAUAGGGAAUGAGUUAACAGAAAUAGGAAGUUGACUGGUUAUUUCCAUUUCCAGCACAAGGUAUAAACCAGCACUUUUUCUACAACUCCAGGAAUAGCUUUGUCUUUUUAGCUUCCAGCACACUCUUCUGCAGAAAGCUCUUCAGCCAUUCCAAACAGCUUGUGCUUAUUUGGUUUGUGGUUAUUCACAGAGAGAGGAGAGACCAUUAGAACCUGAAUCUGUUUAAUCAAGUUUGAAGAACAUGUGGCACUUGAAGUACAGCAAGGUCUGCAACUCCCUACUGAAAAAUGUUCUUUGCAAUCCACUACAUACAGAACAGAACGUGGGUCCUUUGAUAUCAAAUGACAAUUUGUUGUGCCUCUAAAAUAUGUGGAUUUCUAUCUCCAGACAUGUCUGCAUUGUCGUUCUCUUCAUCCCCCUGAAAGACUUCAGAAGGUUAAAAUGUAUGUGUUAUUUGAAUUAUUGGAAAAUAAGCUGCCCAUCUCCUCAAGAAUGCUAAAAUUCUUAGUUAAUAUAGAUGGUUUCUGUUCAAAGUUUGUUCAGUCUAGGCUUAGGCUACUUGAUCCAAACCGUUAAUUCUUUAAUUUUAACUUCUUUCAUAUUGUUAAUGAGAACUGCUCUUCUGAUUAAAAAGAGGUUUUUCUCCUUAGGUCAGUAGUGGAGAAGGUUUAGAAACUGCUUUCAACUUCUAACUGAAGUUCACAUAUCCAAAAGACCUCCCAGAUCUUGCAUAACUACAGAUACAGACUUUUAUUUCUUAAAUUUACUGGCAAAGGAGACUGAAGCUUAGUCUUACAAGCCUUUUGGUAUAGAUAGUUUUUGGAGAAUUUCUUUUCCAACACAGACACUAAUGCUGCUCUUUGAAAAUAACUUUUACACAUGUAGAUAAUACACAAAGCAAUUUUACUUUCAGUUCUUAAAUUUAAGAAGCUGCUAUACGCUGUGACAUAUAAGUGAUCAUGCCCUUUUUAAAAAGGAUCUGAUCUAUUUCAAAAAGUUGUUGAGCAUCCAAACUUCAGUGAAGAAU